UUAAACAAACGAUCAUUUAAGUUCUUGCCCUGCUCCUCCCUUAAUGUCGUGCUAUUCCUGGUCCAUGUAGGAAUGUUGUGAUCCAUUCAGCUUCAGGCAUUUACUGGCCUUUCCUGUUCACGCGGCCCCCACUCAAUAAAAUAGAUAUGAUCCUUGAACGUACAAUACAAGUGCCAUUACUGCCAUUCAGAUCGCGGAUGCUAGGGGUUGCUGAAUGUUCCAGUCCCAAGUCAUAAAAAUUGCUGUCUAAUUUGUACCCAGGGAUGUGCAAAACUUCUGUAUAUUUUUUAAGUACCUGCCUAUUCUAUUUUGACCAUACUAGUCUGCUUGAAAAUCACUUGGCAGGCAGCUGCGAUGCGGGUGGUGUUCCUGCACCCGGAUCUGGGCAUCGGCGGCGCCGAGCGUCUGGUAGUGGACGCCGGCCUGGCGCUGCAGCGCCGCGGCCACCACGUCUCCUACGUCACGGCGCACCACGACCGGCGCCACUGCUUCCCCGAGACACUGGACAGGCUGCCGGUGCGCGUGUGCGGCGGCUGGCUGCCUGGCAGCGUGUGCGGCCGUCUGCGCGCCUUCUGCGUCUACCUGCGCAUGGUGUACGCGGCGCUGUGCCUGCUGCUGGCGCCCGGGCCGCCGCCCGACCUUGUCUUCUGCGACCAGGUGUCGGCGUGUGUGCCGCUGCUGCGCUGGGCUGGCCUGCGCGUGCUCUUCUACUGCCACUUCCCGGACCAGCUGCUGACGCAGCGGCGUUCGCCGCUUAAGCGGCUGUACCGCGCGCCGCUCGACUGGCUGGAAGAGCGCUCGACAGGCGCCGCUCACCGCGUCCUGGUCAACAGCCGCUUCACCGGCCAGGUGUUCGCCGAGACGUUCCCGCGCCUGCGCCACCGCCGGCCGGACGUGCUGUACCCGUCGCUGGACCUGGCCGCGUUCGACGCGCCGUCGGACCUCUCGCUGGCUGAGGUGCUCGGCGCGCCGCCGCCGCCGCACAUUUUGCUCUCGCUCAACCGGUUCGAGCGCAAGAAGAACCUGAGGCUGGCAGUGGACGCGCUAGCCCGGCUGCUGGAGCUGGCGGACGCGCCGGUCGGCCGCGCAUGCCACCUCGUGCUGGCCGGUGGCUACGACCCGCGCAACGAGGAGAACGGCCAGCACCUGGCCGAGCUGCAGCGGCACGUGGCGUCUGCUGACCUGACCGAGCGCGUCACCUUCCUGCGCUCGCCCAGCGACGCGGCCAAGCGGGCGCUGCUGCGUGGCUGCGCGGCCGUGCUGUACACGCCGGACCGCGAGCACUUUGGCAUCGUGCCGCUGGAGGCCAUGUACUGCGGCGCACCGGUGGUGGCUGUGGCCAGCGGCGGCCCGCUCGAGACGGUGCUGAGCGGCGUCACCGGCUUCCUGUGCCCGCCGGCCGCCGAGCCGUUCGCUGCGGCGCUGCUGCGCGUGCUCCUCGAGCCUGAGCUGGCACGCGCCAUGGGUGAGGCCGGUCGGCGCCGUGUCGUUGAGAGCUUCUCCUUUCAGGCGUUCGGUGACCGGCUUGAGAAGGUCGUGACCGAGGUGGUGCACGAGGCGGGCGGCUGAGGGCGCGCGUUGCGUUCGCGAUCGAAGGCGGGUGAUACGGGGC